AUGGAGGCCGAGGGCCCCGAGACUGACAGUCGCGAGUCGCUUAACAGACGCGCGUGUGAUCAAUGUCGUUUAAGAAAAAUACGCUGCGACAAGCGCUCUCCCUGCUCCAACUGUCGCAGCUCAAACAUUGUCUGUCGCUCCACUGGUGCGGGUCGAAAACCUCACGAGCAGCGUCAGCGGGUGCUCAUCUCCAGUCAAUAUGAACGCAAGAUCGAUCUGAUCGAGAAGCGUCUGGGAAACAUCGAGCAAAUCCUCCACGAGCUCAAAGCCGGCGCAAGCACAACGACCACGGAGCCGUGUUUCCAACCGACGCCGACAUCGAACCAGAUGAGUCCGUCUGCAGCGGGCCCGGUCUCCAACGCCACGACCACGCUCAGACAGCAUGAGAUGGUCCCUGCCUUCGAGGGCAAUUCAUCUUUGUCAGCCCAUUCGGCCUAUGCAAGCGAGUUCCUCGAGUCGGCUGUCUCUCGUAGCGCCCUCCAGAUGUCGACCCCGAAGAUUGGAGCGGCUCUCGCGACCCUCAAGAAGAUGGUUAAUAUGCAGGAUAACCAGGUCCCGUCGUCGCUCCGCGAAGCUCGCUUCCCCAGUCAGAAAGUCGGGUCGAGUCCUGAGUUGCGCGAGCUCGCUAUGCCGCCUAGCCAGGUGGUAUUGUCCAUACUACGCCGGCUCAAAGAACACCCGUCGUCCACCAUAAAUGGACUAUGCCCAUUUGUUUCCUCGGAACGCCUAGUUGAAGCGUGUCGCGAAGUCUACUUUGCCACUGAGGAUUACUCCCAGUCUACUUUCAUCGUGGUGAACGGAUGUCUGUACUAUCUGUUUGAGGAGUUUACCUACUAUGGCGGGGAGCCCGAGAUGAUGGAUGCCUACAGUAAAUACUCCCAGAUCUGUCGCACGAAUCUGGAGAUUGCGCUGGCGCGCAUGAGUCUUCUGAUGCCUGUGCGGGAUGAGUCGAUUGAGGCGCUUGCCUUGGGAGCUAUAUACGCCAUCGAAAUUUCGAAACCGUCUUUUGCCUUCACCCUGAGUUCAACUGCGUCUCGUCUGUGCCAGGCUCUGGGUUACCACCGCUCGUCAUCUAUGGAGCACGAUACCAAGAGCAUCAAAGAAAAGAAGAUUCGUCUCUUCUGGUCGGUGUAUUGUCUCGAUAAGCCCUUGGCAUUACGUCUGGGCCGGGCCUCUACCUUUCAAGAUUACGAUAUCUCCCUGCCAUGGACAAUUGAGCUGGAAGGCAUCGCGGAGCCGUGGGGGCGUGUAUACCAGUUGUGGAUUAAGUUGGCCCGGAUCCAGGGCCAGAUAUACGAGCAGCUGUAUAGUCCCGCCGCGCUGUGUCAAGCGGAGAGUGAGCGAGCGGCACACGCUCGUCACCUGGCUGCUGAAACGCAAUGGACAGUUAUGGAGCCUUUCGCGGAACUGAACGGCAAUCUCAACAAUGUUUCCGCCAUGGACCUGAUGUACCUUAAGUCCGACGAGGUUACCCGCCAAUCAAUCGUGACCUUGAUUUACCGAGCCAUCCCGCCGCCUGUGGGGUCUCAGGGCACCUUCCUUCAAGAAUGCAUCGAGACCGCACGGUCCGCUCUCGAAUGCCACCACAACUGCAUGAGCAUGUUGAAGGAGAGCACUGAACACACCAAAUGCUCAUAUCUCCACUGGGCCAUCCUCUUCUCCCCGUUCGUCCCGUUUAUAGUCCUCUUCUGCCACACCAUCGAAGUCUCGUCGCAGACGGACCUCCAUCGCCUCGAAGAGUUCGUUACCUCCCUCGAACCACACCGCGGCUCGUCCGAAGCAAUCGAUAAAAUGCACCGUUUGUGCCAGGUGCUCAGCAGCGUCGCCCGACUCUAUCUCGAAGCGAAAGCGCAGGCGCGAACGCAGGAGAGCGACGCUAUGGCGUCUGUAGGCCAAGAGUUUGACACGUACCUCAGCGCGCUGGGACUGGCUCCUGCGCCGAUGGAGGACGGCGAGACGACUGGACCAAUGCCGGAGCCUUCGGCUUCUUCCCCACCGGAUACAGUGCCGCCGUCGACGCUGGGAAACUGGUAUUCGGGGAAUCAGCAUAUGGUGGGUUUGUUGGAAGAGGACCUGUCGCUGUUUGAUCCAUCGGUUUGGUCGUAAUCUCCGAGUCAUUGUCUCAGGAUCUUGGUCACCUGGCCAGUCAACUGGUGGCUAAAAAUGUAUAUUGAGCCGAGUACCACGACCGAGGCAGAUACGGUACCUAGCGACGCAAUAUGUCUCAGUUAAUUGAACAUUACUCGUCUGCGGCGACAACACUCCA